AUGUCAGCUCCGAAUAAAUCAGCAGACUCCCAAGACGAUGAUGAUGCAUGGAACAUUCAGUUACCACCCAUAGAUUUGCCCUCUACAUCCCAGAGUUUGACGGAAACACAAAAAAAGCUGCUGAAAUACCGCAGAGUCAAGGAGCAGCAAAAGAUGCUGAAUAAGAUAAUCGUUACUGGUGCUAUGCAGGACUAUACAACAGCCAUAGAAGAAUUUGCUAAGAAAGGUACUCCACCUCCUGCUCCAGAACUGCCUGCUACAAUGAAUAGUGAGCAGAGGAAAAUACGAAACAAUUAUCUCUUCAUGAAGAAGUGUGUAGAAAGUAAUCCAGUAGUGCCUAUUCCACAGAAUCAGGAAUGGUUAACUUCCAUGCUCACUUUGGUACCUCAGCAUCUAACAGAAGGCAAAGGCAGAGAAAAACUAGUUGAACAACUCUUAGCUGAGGUAACAACCGAUUAUGAAAUGAGCAUGAAGAGAUAUAUGGUGCGAAGUGUUCUGGUCAAGCCUUCUGUAAAAGGGCUUGAAUAUGAAAAAGAAGAACCGUUACCAGUUUCACCUAUUGGAUUAGACUUUUCCCAGCCUUGGCAUAAAAGCUUUUUACAAGCAAGAAAACAGAUUCUCGCAAAUUUACAUAUUCUUCAUCCAACUCUAAGAAUUUUACUGGAUAUUGGUUAUAAAACCUUUUCUAAUUUACUUAUAGUAGAUGUGUCAAGUUUCAGGUCAAAAGGCCCAAUUGAUUGUGAAUCACUUCAAAAUGAUGUGUCUAUAAACUGCUUAAAAACAGAAGAAAAGAUUUUAAACACAUGGUAUCCUAGGGUUAUCAAUCUCUUCACCAGAAAAGAGGCACUGGAAGGUGUAAAGGCAGACAAAGUUGAUUCUUUCUAUAAUUGUGUGGCUACACUUAUGUCUAAUCAGCUGAAGGAGUUAUUGAAAAGAACUGUUGAGGCUUAUGUGAAACUAUUUGAUCUUCAAGACCAAAGAUGGCUGCCUUUAUUUAAGAUGGAUUUGACUUUUGAUGAUGAGAAAAUGGACUUUUAUCCAAGCUUUCAAGAUCUGGAGGAUGCUAUAUUGUUCAUGAUUACUUUGAUUUCACAGAGUCUGCAGAAUGUCCAAACAGUACACUCUUGGUUAGGAGGCGGAACCGUUGUUUCAACGAUUGACACUGAACUUCCUGAUCAUGUGAUAAAAUGGGCAUCAUCUAUACUGAGGGGAGCAAUUAAUGAGAACUUGAAAGGUCCGAAAGCACAUUUUGAUUAUUAUGUUGAGAAAUAUGGCUGGCUGGUAGAUGGUUCUGCAGAUGACCGUAUAGGAACAUUUGAAGCUGAGGGACAUAGUUUUGAUGAAUAUGCAGAGUUUACAGAUGAAUUUCUCAGUCUUGCAAAGGAAAUAAUGAGCUUGCCAAUGUUAGCUCAUUUCCCUAUGAUUCGUUUAGACUGUGAGGAUUUGAAACAAGGUUUGGUUGACAAAGCAAGAAGCUUCGCAAAUAAAUUAUUGGCCAAAUUAGUCCACAAUCACAGAAGAGAAAAUGAAAUGAUAUGCCAAGAAUUUGAAACGAUUAAAGAACGUGCAUUAAAAAUCCCUGAGACAACUGAGGAGAUGAUGGCAAGUAUAGCUUAUAUAGACAUGGCUAAAACUGUAGGUCUCCACCAGCUGAAUGAAAGGAUCAAGGAAUGCAAGCAGCGAAUGAAUUACCUGCUAGAUGUUUAUCUAUUUGAUCAAGAUGACUUGACACUCAAUGCAACUGUCCUGUUGUGGCCUGUAUAUAUUAAUCCCAUCUUUGAUGAAAAUGAUGAUAUUAUUGAAAUGUCUAAACGUAAAGGUGAAAGUGAGUUAUUGGCCAAACGUGAGAAACUGAUACUAGAAAUAGAAAAGCAGACACGACGUAUGCAGGAAUUUUCAGAAUACUCAGAUUUAGACCGCAUGCAACAGUAUGUAACUGACAUGCGAACACUGCAGAAACGCAUACAAGAAGCUGAUGAAAUGGUUGCUUUUAUUAAUAAAGAGGAGGGGCUCUUUGAAUGGGAACAGACAGAAUACCCAGAUUUGGAGACUUUAAAAGUUAACAUUGAGCCCUACCAGAAACUUUUUGCUUUUAUAUUGAAAUGGCAGCGGACUGAAAAACGGUGGAUGGAUGGUGCUUUCUUAGACCUUAAUGGGGAAAGUAUGGAAAGUGAGGUAGAUGAAUUUUUUCGGGAAAUUUACAAGACACUAAGGUUCUUUCAACAGAAGCUAAAGAAAGCUGAACUAGAAAAGAAAAAGUCAAUGCAACGCAGACAACUAGUAGAUGAAAAGGUAGAGGACGAAAAAAAAGAUAAUCCAACCACUGUAAUGUGUGCUGCAGUAAUGGAGCAAAUUAAAGAUUUCAAGGAAAAUAUCCCUCUGGUGACUAUCCUGUGUAACCCAGGCAUAAGGACUCGUCACUGGCUACAGAUGUCUGAAAUUGUUGGAUAUGAUUUAACACCAGAUUCUGGAACAACACUAAGAAAAGUUCUAAAGCAGAACUUGACCCCUUACCUUGAACAAUUUGAAACCAUAAGUAUGGGAGCAAGCAAGGAAUUCUCAUUAGAGAAAGCAAUGCACACUAUGAUGGAGACCUGGGAUGCUAUUUCCUUUCAAACAAGCUUAUAUCGUGAGACUGGAGUUAGUAUUUUGUCUGCAGUUGAUGAGAUUCAGACUAUUCUGGAUGACCAGAUUGUAAAAACACAAACAAUGAGGGGAUCACCUUUCAUCAAACCAUUUGAAAAACCAAUGAAGGAGUGGGAAGAUCGCUUGAUUAGAAUUCAAGAGACUAUCGAUGAAUGGUUGAAAGUGCAGGCUCAGUGGCUUUACUUAGAACCCAUAUUUUCUUCGGAGGAUAUUAUGCAACAGAUGCCUGAGGAGGGGCGUCAGUUCCAGACUGUGGACCGAUACUGGAGAGACAUCAUGAGAUACUGUGCCAAGGACCCCAAGGUUCUUGCAGCAACCUCAUUGACAGGCUUGUUAGAAAAGCUUCAGAACUGUAAUGAACUUCUCGACAAAAUAAUGAAAGGACUGAAUGCUUAUCUUGAGAAGAAACGUCUGUUCUUUCCCCGCUUUUUCUUCUUAUCCAAUGAUGAAAUGUUGGAGAUCCUGUCAGAGACUAAAGAUCCUCUCAGAGUCCAACCUCAUUUGAAAAAAUGUUUUGAAGGUAUUGCUAAGCUGGAAUUUCUUUCCAAUUUGGAUAUCAAGGCAAUGUACAGCACUGAAGGUGAACGUGUGGAGCUGAUUUCAACUAUUUCAACUUCUGAAGCAAGAGGGGCUGUAGAAAAGUGGCUGAUACAAGUGGAAGAUAUCAUGCUGAGGAGCAUUCAUGAUGUCAUUGCAAGAUCACGGCUGGCAUAUCCAGAAAGAGAAAGAAAAGACUGGGUGAGAGAGUGGCCUGGCCAAGUAGUUCUCUGUGUCUCACAAAUGUUCUGGACAAGUGAAGUACAUGAUGCCAUAGCUAGUGGCCCACAGGGCUUAAAGAAUUAUUACAAUAACCUUCAGCUACAGUUAAAUGACAUUGUAGAGCUGGUAAGAGGAAAGUUGUCUAAGCAAACAAGAACUACAUUGGGUGCUUUGGUUACUAUUGAUGUACAUGCUAGAGAUGUUGUCAUGGAAAUGAUUGAAAGCGGUGUGUUGAAUGAAGCAGAUUUUCAGUGGCUUGCUCAGCUGCGAUAUUACUGGGAGUAUGAUAAUGUGCGGGUGCGCAUCAUCAACUGCAAUGUAAAAUAUGCUUAUGAAUAUCUUGGCAACUCUCCUCGUCUCGUCAUUACGCCUCUCACAGACCGAUGUUAUCGUACUUUGAUUGGAGCGUUUUAUUUAAAUCUUGGUGGAGCUCCAGAGGGCCCAGCAGGCACAGGUAAAACUGAGACCACCAAAGACUUGGCUAAAGCUCUUGCUGUGCAGUGUGUUGUCUUCAACUGUUCUGACGGCCUUGAUUACCUAGCCAUGGGGAAGUUUUUCAAGGGUCUGGCAUCUUCUGGUGCUUGGGCCUGCUUUGAUGAAUUCAAUCGUAUUGAGCUGGAAGUGCUGUCUGUGGUAGCGCAACAGAUUCUUUGCAUCCAGAGGGCUAUACAGCUGAAGCUGGAGAUAUUUAAUUUUGAAGGGACAGAACUAAAACUUAAUCCCAACUGUUUUGUUGCUAUUACCAUGAAUCCAGGAUAUGCAGGUCGCUCAGAACUUCCUGACAAUCUGAAGGUCCUUUUCCGAACAGUGGCCAUGAUGGUUCCUAACUAUGCCCUCAUUGCUGAAAUUUCUCUGUACUCUUAUGGGUUUCUGAAUGCUAAGCCAUUAUCAGUGAAAAUAGUAAUGACAUACAGAUUGUGCUCAGAACAACUCUCAUCUCAGUUCCAUUAUGACUAUGGUAUGCGUGCAGUCAAAGCUGUACUAAUAGCUGCUGGCAACCUCAAACUGAAAUACCCAGUAGAGAAUGAGGAUAUAUUGCUUCUCAGAUCAAUCAAGGAUGUAAAUGAGCCCAAAUUUUUGUCACAUGACAUACCUCUCUUUAUGGGCAUUACAAGUGAUUUAUUCCCUGGUAUUAAACUCCCUGAAGCUGACUACAAAGAUUUUCUAGAAUGUGCAAAUGAAUGCUGUAAAACCCAUAAUGUCCAGCCUGUUAAAGUGUUUCUAGAAAAGAUGAUACAGACCUAUGAAAUGAUGAUAGUCAGACAUGG